CCAUCAACGUGGAUGUGUGAAGAUGACAGUGGUGUCUCGAGGGUUACAUUGCUGAGGAAGUUGAUUUUCGUCUCAAUAAUUUGGGGCUUUGUGAGGCUCAUGUAAUUGGAAGCCACGACUUUCACUGCAAGAUGGACGAAGUGAUCAAUAUCCAGAAUGAUCUCUUGCGAUCUUGUCUGAGUCAACAGAUCGAUGAGCUGAGCAUGUUGGAGUCAAUUUUUUGCAACCCCGGAGAAUUUCACAUUGAUGAUCACAGCAUUGCGGCGGAUAUCAAUGAAUUUCUCGAGAAUCGAUUGGACGCAGUCCAGAGGAAACUCGACUUCCGGAUAUGCUUGCAGCUGGAUGAGGGAAAAAUGUAUUUGAGCUUUGAAUUGCCACACUUUUACCCUUCUGUGGAGAUUCCACGAAUUUCCGUUGACUCCACAAAGCUCACAAAGAAGCAGGAGAUUGCCAUUGGGCGGAAAAUUGAGGACUACAUAAAGGGUUUGGAUAAAAGUGAACCCUACAUCUACCAAAUUGUCUCCUGGCUGCAGGAUAAUGUGGAUGAUUUGAGGGUUUCAGCGACAAAUGAUGCAGCAACGGAGAAGGAUGAGAAAGUAAUUUUUGAGCGAAUGUGGAUCUAUUCGCAUCAUAUUAAAAGUAAAACAAAAAGAAAAGAUAUUGUCAAGAAUGCUCAUGAUCUCUCCUUGACGGGAUUCUCACUCCCGGGGAAGCCAGGAGUAAUUUGCGUUGAAGGAGAGCAACGUGAUACUCAGGAAUUCUGGCAGCUUCUGCGACAAAUGCACUGGCAGAAGAUUACGCUGAAACAAUGUGAAGAAACUGAGGUGCUAAAGAGGGAUUUUGAUGAUCAAAGACGUUUUACAGACUUCAAGGAAAUACUCUUUGUCGAUGUUGGGGAUGAUGAGGAAGUUGUGCUCAAUAUGAGUAAUUUCAUUAAGUUCCUCGAACUACAUAAUUGUGGCUACAUUAAAAAGGAAUUGUUUGGUUUUGAUUAAAAUUGUUUUUAUAUUAAUUUUAUGUACAUUAUUGAUUAAAAAAAAAUUGUAAAGAAAAAA